GAUAAAUAGCGCGCGCCUCCUCCCCCCUACUAUGGUCACUAUUUCAGUGGGACACGAGUAGAAGCUGUUCAUUUCGGGGCCAGAGUGUGGAUUAUGGCAUCGAUCCUGCUGUUUGGUUUGAUAUUAUCGGUGGCUGCGACAGCCCCUGAAGUCUGGAUGCAAAGUGCCCCGCCAGGUUUGCUGAAGACUGAAUGCCGCGACAGUGUUUUUUGGGUUGGACUGAAUAAGGAUUUUCUUGCUGGGAAGUUCUGGCAGAUUAGCGUUGUUGAUCCUGCUGGCAAAAUCUAUCUUGUUACACCAAGGUUUGCUUCGCAGUGUGGUUACACGAUUACAGUGGAUUCCUGGAAUAAUGUCGAAUUCCGUGCCUCUGUCCUUAGCUGCUGUGUACACAUUGUGAAUGAUGAACAGUUCAACCUCACUAUACAAAUACAUGUAGGAACUGACAAGCUCAAGGCUUCAACAUAUAUUCAGGAUCUAUCAUGUAUGUACUCACCAUGGGCUGCAAGGGAAAUCUUCUGUGAAGAAAACUACAUGCAGGUUUCAGUACAAAGGAAGAUCCCACCAAUUGAAGAAGAUUAUGCACAGGAUUCUCAGGACUGGUCUUUAAUACUUCCGGAAGCAAGCAGUGCAGAAAGUGGAAUAUGGCAAGUGGUGUUUCAUGUGUCUGGUGACAAAAGGAUUAUGACUGUGAAAGAAGCACAUCAAAUGAACUAUGGAAUCAAUAGUACAGUGUCUCGUAUAUUGCUUCGUGCCCCCUAUCAUACAAAUGAGGCUCAAACAGUUUUGGUCCAGGGUGUGCCCUUGACAGUAAUACGAUCAAGUACUUUUUACAAACAGCAUUGGAUGAUUCUUGUUGUUGACACUGCUGUGGCUUGUCCCCUUGAUGGUACCUCAUUCACUGAUGACAAGAUCAUCUGGACAGUACCAAGAAUCUUCACUCCAAUUGUAACCAGUGCAGUUCAUCAAGACAACCGCUCCAUGGGAGUGAAUGGGGUAAAGUUGGAUCCUACAACAAUGGCAGAAAGAAACUACACCAUUGACCAGAAUGAUACAGCCGUUGCUAUAAAGGUCCCGAUUGGAGCACAGGAUGGAUACUACAAGAGCCAUGUGGUGGAUGGCCAGUAUGGUAUCAAGUACAGUAUUAACUUGUUCCUGGAGCACCUGUGGGAAGAUGAGGCAUGGGGACUGAAUAAAAUCAAUGUGAUCCAUCCAGUUACUACACCCUUUAUACCUCAGCCCCUGGUUCUCACUGAUGAUACCAUUCCUGAGCAAUGGCUAUUCAAUGUCUCAUUGGGCAACUUCCUUCCUGAUGUAGAACUCACAAAGCUCACUCUGGACUCUCAGUCCUUCCCUGUGGAUGAAGAGAGCCAGAUGUUUAAUGUGUACAGUGGGACUAACAUAAAUGAGACAGCCUUGAACAGAAUCUUCAUCCUGGAAGUUCCAAUGGAGUCACCAGUUGUGGACAGAAAGUAUAUAGGAGAUGGUGUUGAACAAUAUACCCUUGAUGUCAUCUACACAAUGACUGUGGUACCAGAAGAUCUAACAUUCACCCAUGCGGUUCACUUAGUACACUACCACAAAAUAGUGCUUCCUGUGGCAGAUGGCUUUUGUGGUGAAGAGAGCAUGACGCUGAUGGUAACACAUGGAACCUUGGAUCGGCACUGGAUUCCUUUCAUUGGAAAUAUGCAGCUCACCCCCCAUGCUGCUGAGCAGUAUGGCUAUAUCCUGAGAGAGAAUGGUACCCACUCAGUAAUAACCAUUCCCCAUGAUGCAGCUGAAGUAGUUCAUGAAGCAAUAAAUGAGCAAGGUCUUCGCAACAGAUUUGACUUGAAAUUCCAGGAUAAUAAAACCCUGGAUGUUCUGGUCAACUUUUCUGUUUCUUGCAGCUUUUCAAUAAGUGACUUGAUAACAUGUUUCCCAAAUGGAAGAAUUGUCAUCACUGCUCUGAGACUUGAAGCAUUGUUGGGAGUGGAUGGGAAAAUGAUGCUGAAAGAUAAAACCUGUAGACCAAAGGAGAGUAGUGCUUUCCAGGUCAUGUUUGACUUUUUUGCAAACGCAUGUGGGACAAGUAGAAGGUUUGAGGAGGAUUACAUGAUCUAUGAGAAUGAAGUAGCUUUCUUCAAAAAGUCGACUAGUGAUCCAGUAUAUCGGCUUGCAGUAUCCUGUCGCUACCAUGUAAAUGACUCCCUACACCUUCAGUUUGAACACCAACUGAAUCCUCAGCCAACAGUUGUACCUGGAUAUGGACCUCUGAUCUUGAUGAUGCAACUUGCCACAGAUGUGUCCUAUUCUAAGCUGUAUGAGGAAGGUGACUAUCCAGUUGUGAAGUAUCUGACUGAUCCCCUCUAUGUAGAAGUGCAGCUGCUGCACAACAAAGAUCCACAAAUUGAACUGUUCCUGCAGGACUGUUGGGCAACUGCAUCACCAGACAGACACAGCAUUCCACAGUGGGCCCUAAUUAUCAACAGCUGUGAGAAUAAAGCUGACUUGUAUAGAACCACCUUCCAUCCAGUAACCAAGAAUGAGCGGGUUAAAUAUCCUGCUCACUUCAAAAGGUUUGAAGUCCAGAUGUUUACUUUCACCUGGGGGAAUAAUCACACCAAGGAACAGGUAUACUUUCACUGCAGUGUAGCCUUGUGCAGGAAGGAGCUAGUAAAUAGAUUCCUGUGUCCUGGUCAAUGUAUACCAAGGAAACAACGAAUAGGUCGAAGUGCUGACACAGCCCACCACGUGCAGGGAUAUGUAUCAUCGGGAGCAGUUCUGAUUUUGACAGAAUUCCCUACUGUGGAGAGCAAGAGUCAGCAAGGUGAAGAA